UGUGAGGAAACGGUUGAGCAAAAGCAACGAUACUAGUUUUACACAUAUGUAUGUAUGUGCAUUUGAUCGCCGUCGUCGUCGCAAUAGUCGUAAUCGUCGACGUCGGCGUUGAUUGUUCGCUGAUCUUUAUUCUAGCUUGAACAAAAGCGACCGGAUUCACUGUUAAAUCGAAUCGCAGAAAAGUUAUAAGAUUUCGUUUCUCUCGUAGCCGCACUCUGGUUACAAGCGAAACAGCUUCGUAAGAUAGUGACAUCGUUAUCCUUUAUUUUGGUAUUUAUAGACCUAAAAAAGCCUAUGUACCCGACGGCGAUUUUCUGAAGGGAAGAGAAACAGGUCUUGUGGAUAGGUAACGAAAAAAGAAGAAGUUUAUAAUAUUCCCUCGACUGUACACGCGCGGGCUUUUUUUCCGGGGUGCAAUUUAUGGAUACGUGUUGGUGCGUGUUCAUAGUUACACGAGGAUUAUAAGCGGAAAAGAGAGAAGCAUAGAAAAGCAUCGGUGAAACGAGAGCGAUAGGGAUAGUCGAGACGAAACGAGACAAAGUUUCGAUAGUGAAACGAAGCGAGAACGAGAACGUUGAAACAGGGGUUCGCGAAGAGAAGGAAGGGGUCUCCGUCAAAAUGUCGCUGAAAUCACCAACGCGGAUACAGUGAUUGCUUUUCGUCAUUUAACAGGGGGGUUUUGCUGAAGCAGAGCAAAUAAGAACAUAAAAAAUAUGGUAUCAACUCGUCAGUCAAGUAGUAUGGGAGCGAGCAAUGGGGGUGGACCGGUCACUGAGAUUGCUGAUGUAAAUUCAUCUAGAAGACAUCAAUCUGCAACAAUGGCUAGUUCUUAUAGCGGAACAUCUGUCUCUGAGCCACCUUCUUACAGUAAUCUAAACCUCCUUGACUUACCGGUUGAAAUUCUUGAAAAGAUUUUCAGCUAUUUGGAUUACAAUACCGUGGCUCAUUUACGUCCAGUUUGCCAUCAGAUGGAUCGUGUCUGUGGUUCAAUUUUAAAUUCGACAUUUCAGAAGCUUCAAACACAGAUGUUGAGUCGUUUUCAGGCAAUUAAAUCACAGAUGCCGAGACGUGAAUCUGCUCGCCGUAAUCAUCCAUUAGCUUGUGAAUCUGACAUUAUUGAAACUCUUCAUAUGCGUCUCACCUUGCUUCAAAUGAGUUUUGGCAAACACAUUGAGCGUAAACAUUGUUGCUUUUUUCCUGGAGAGAUUUUAGACGAAGUUUAUCGUAUUUUACAUUAUAUAAAAGUUACUCCAAAAUUAGCCAGACCAUAUAAAGUAACAGACGAAUUAUUUGAUUUAAGUACUAUGGCUAUGGAGUAUUUUAAAGAACGUAUCGAACCAACAUUACCAGAAAUUCCUUACUUUGGAGCUGAUUUCUUAGAUCUUACUGGAACGUUCUCCUCCUCUAGUAAUGUGAACAAACCAUUUAUGUGCCUGGAUUCUACACCUCUGACUGUUGGGAGUGGUAAAGGAGGAAACAAUAGCGGGGAAGAAGGUUCUCCACCACAUUCGUCGGAUGAUCCUGGCCUCUUAGAAUCUAGCGUAUCACCACCACAAUCGAACAUGGUGUUACGAAAACGGAUCCGGAAGAUUAAACAAGGAAUGAAACGAUAUAAUAGUCAGUUAACGUUAAUGCGUAGAGAUUUGAGGAGUUGCAAAUCAAAAAUUGCCGAGCAACAGAAACAAAUCGUUGAAUAUGCCACGCGCCUCGACGAGAACGAUAAAAAGAACGAAGAGACAUCUCGCAAAUUUAGCACACUCCUACAGGUAUUUACUAAGGAAUUGAACAAAUGUAAGACGGAGCUUCAGUAUUGGCGAUCUAAAUCUCCAGCGAUACCGGUGUGCGUAGUCUGCGGUCAGUCUAUGUUAGUACCGUCAGAGGAUCUACAAGCUUUAACAAAUCAAGGCGUAAUAACGGAAACGAUCGACGAAGGAUUAGACUUCAUUCCUAUAACAGAUGCGCAGAGUCCUACCGAAGUUGUUUCACAACCAACGGUUACACAACAGCCUUCGUCGCCACCGGCGACAGUGGAAAUGGCACCACCAAAGGCUCCUGUGCCUUCAUUAUCUUCAAAACGAAAAUCCAAUACGGCAGAGGAAGCACCGAGCGAUGCUACAAAGAAACCUCGUCGUACCGCCAAGUCACGUCAGGUUAAACGCUCGAAGAUAUAAAUCGAUUCUGAUCAUGGUACAAAAAAAAUAUCUGUCUUAACAUUUUUACUGGGUUUUCGAAAGAGGUCUUUCUAUUUAAAAUAACUGUUUCUUUACGCAAGCGAACGAAUGAUCUUAGAAAAGUACAAAAUUCUUUCCUGAACGUCCUGCAUUUCGCGCAACGAACCUCGUUUUGAAAAAUGAAAAAGAAAUGAAAAUUAUAGCAAUGUUGGUUACCGCGCGAAGGGAAUUGACGCGAUUAAUUUUCCUAUUUUUAUUACGGACGAAUUUGUCACACACAGUGACGUCUACAAAUAUUCUAAAUGAUAGUUGAUCAUUCGUGUCGUUCGUAAAGUAACAGAGGAGCAACUUUUUUCGGGCCCUUUUAAUUAUUAUUAUUCUCGUGAUGGUAUACACAAGAAUAACGGAAGGGUUGAAUUUUCUAUAAAAUGUUUAUUUUACAACAAUAUCCGCAUUAUAGAACAGAUCAAGGUGAUCAGCAAGAAUUCACCUUCUAUAUAUCAUGAACACAAGUUAUCCACUAAUUUAUCAUUUACUUGCCAAAUAUUUCUAAUUAUUUCUUUUUCUAUAAAAUUUUCAUUUUUAAACAGUUUAAUUGACAAAAUCAUAUUUGCCCAAGUGCAACAUUUAGUGAUCAGGCAAACAAGUUGUUGGUAUGGAAAUUAUUAAAACCAAUCGAUAAUGAAGAAUUUGAAUUGCUUAAUUUAUUGUUCAUUAUAGCUUUAAUUGAACAAAAAUUGCUUGUACAUGGUAAUACCUUGUUUCACAAAGAUAGGAAGCUAUUAGUUUUAUCUUUGACGAAACUUCUGUACAAAAUUUCGAGUGGAUGUUAGACCUGAUUCUUGCAAAUUUUAUUUUGCAGUAUCAAUGAAUAAGUACCUGAGAGGACUGAGUGGGACCGGUUCGCGCAGGUACUCCCAAGUUCAUCAAUAUUCAUAUCAAUUUUCUAAUUUAUCGAAAUCUAUUCAAUUGAACAAAGAAAUAAUUUCACUUUAAUAUGAUUUGUGUAUACCAUUUAUAAUAUGAGUUUAAGUCAUGAACUUGAUAGUGAAAGUCAAAGGCUUUGAAAAGUGAAUUGCUUUUGCAUAAUAACAUGUGAUAUCACCUUAAUUUUUUGGUUGUUAAUGGGUAAAUUUGUAAUUAAAAAAAUUAAUUUAAUAGAGCAGCUCACCUAGAUAAAAUCAAAACAAUUUUAAUGGUAUACAAAUUUUGUGAGCCUUAAAAAUAUGCGAAGCUGUGGAGAAAGAAAGUGAAUUGAUAAAGUGAGCAAAAUAUGUUGAAUACCUUAAAUGGGUGUUAUCUUUUUCUUUUUUUUUUUCUAAUGCGCCAUCCGUUAAACAAGCGAUUUAUUUUGCUGGAUGGUGUAUAUUGCAAUAUUAAUAGCGCUAGGAAAUUAUUUAUAGGAUCAAUUAUUUAUAGGAAAAUUAUUAUCAAAUUGUUUUAAUGAAUUUAAAGAAAACACCAAUGUUUUAAUUUAUCAAUCAUAUUGAUUAAAAUUAAUGAACUUCAUACCGCGUUUUUAAACGACAGAAAUGGUGAACGACAAUGGAGGAUUAUUGUUUAAUGGAAUUAAUUGAAAAAUGUCGUAUAUAUGUAUAACUUUUUGUUGCUUUAAAGUCGUACGGAUUACCCUGCGCGAUGCUCGAUAAUCGGUCUGUAUAGAUUCAAUUACCUUAUAUUAUUUGCACCAAUCCUAAUUAAUCUCAAAGAAAGGAAAAUUGUAAUUUGACUUAUUGUGAGUUAAUUAUUAUUCAUGAUUCUAGUAAUAAAUAUAAAAGAUACUGAUAAUAAGUAAAAUGAUACUUUAUUAUAAAUAUACAAAUAUAUAUAUAUAUCUAUAUAUAUAUAUAUAUAUAUGAGUGAGGUACUUGCCAGACAUGCAUACCACACAGAGCAGUUUAGUUUAAACUUUAAUGGAACAAUAAGAUAUAAUAAUUAAUUAAUGAUGAAAUAAUUAUCGAAAUAUAUAUAAUUUUUUAUCGAUGUCGAAAAUAAUUAGGUGAAAAGGAGGAAAAACAAGAACUUUGCGAGCGGACGGAAAAUGAGUACGUUACGCAUGUAUGUGAGAAGUUAUGCAAGAGAAUUAAGAGCGCGUGAUAUAUAUGUAUAAACACACACACACACACACACACACACACGUAUAUAUAAUAAAAAUACUAAAUUCAAACUUAAUGAGAAUUUACGAUGUGAUGCUUUAUCGAUUUAACUGCGGGAAAGUGACCUUUAUUCAAAUAAAAUACAUGUGGGGCGUUUUUGGCUACAAAAAAAAAGAAAAGA